UAGUGACAGUGACGGACGGACGUACGAUGCUUUGACGUUGUUUUUAUGUUUUGUGUUCAUUUACCUAUUUCUUAUGUUUCCGUAAAUUUACAUGGUAGGUUAUUAUAUUUAAUUUUGGCCGAAACCAGCCACGGUACAUCUUCAAUUUAAAGUGCUUCGAUAAAUAAUUGCGAAAUGAAAAUCGGCGAUGAAUAUUCUUCAUACGAGGACCUUGAAAAUGCUUUAGAUGUAUACAAAAAGAGUGUAUGCAACGAAUAUUGGAUUAGAGACGCUAGAACUAUCGUAAACCAAAGAAAAAAGUACCCUGACACUGUUGCUAAAGCGAACGAGUCCCUCAAGUACUACCACGUGAGAUAUGCAUGUAUAAAAGGAGGUCGAAUAUUCAAAUCAAGGAACAAGAAAUCGAAUAGAAAGUGCAAAUCGGUGAAGCAAAACUGUGAAGCCACUAUAUUCCUCCGCUUGAGCCCUUCACAGAAGACUCUUAAAGUUAUAAGUUUGAAUGAGGAACAUAAUCAUGAGACAUCCGAAUCAGACUUCAAACGCCUCGCUCAACAAAGACUAAAAUUGCCAAAAAAUGUUAAACAACAAGUUAAAAAACGUUUAAGAUCUGGCGUCAAAAAGAAAGUGGUUUUAGAACAGAUUAAACAACAAACUGGUUGCAAAAUGACUUUGAAAGACUUAGACAAUCUAUCGAGGAGGGAAAAAAAGAAUAUCGCAUACAACAUUGAUUUGUUAAAAAAUACUUAUAAAUGUACCAAUAUUGAAGUGUGGGAAGAUGAGAAUUCGUGUAUUAAAGGAUUGUUUUUUCAAGAUGAGAGAAUGAGUAAAUACUUCGAGGCAUUCCCUGAAAUACUGUACGUGGAUAGGACUUAUUGCUCCGAUAUGGAUGUGGCAACGUAUAUACUCAUGGUGGAGAAUGCGAACGGCUUGAGUGAAGUUGUAGCAGUGUGCCUUCUAGUUGAUGAGACUGAUGAAACCUUAGAUUUAUUCAUAGAAAAUUUCAAAAAAGACAAUACUACUAGUCAAAAUGUUUUGGUUGUCUUGUCGGAUAAAGAUAUGACUGAAAGGAGAGUUUUUGGAAAACAUUUCCCUAAUGCACAUUUGAUAAUUAGCCUGUAUAAUGUAUUACAAAUUUUUAAUAUGGAGAUUUCUGUUGAAAAAAUGAAAGUUACAACAAGUGAAGUGCAACAGGCCAAAUUGUUUUUAUGCAAACUAACUAAUGCCAAAUCUGAACAUGAAUAUGAUACAAUUUGUGAAGAAAUGUUUGACAAUGUACCUGAAAUAAUUAAAGAUUAUUUCGAAACACACUGGGCUCCUAUAGUAGAUUUAUGGGCUAAAUAUUCUAUCUGUAAAAAUGUAUGUUUAUCAAACACAGUAAAUAAUCAAUUUCAAUACUUAGACACCAAUUGUAGAACUAUAAAUGAGUUUAUCAAGCAGUUAUUUGUGAAUAUAAAUUGUUUCCGAUCUGUACAAGAUCGUAAUGUUGCACAAUUGUUAAGCGAGCGUUCGUCACAGCCAUUUGAAACAGGAUCAGCAAAAUCAUUGUAUUAUGAACUUUUGACCACAUUUUCAUAUAGAUAUGUCGAAGCACAGCUGGAAAUAUCCGAGUUAACUGACAUUAAUAACGUCGGUGACGAUGCAUUCCUGACAGUGUCUACUGAAGGACUAUUAAAUAUAACACCUUAUGAUUGUGAAUGUGUUUUCUGUAAAUGUAAUCAUUUACCGUGCAGACAUAUAUUUAAAUGUAGGAAUAUUUUAUCAUUACCGUUAUUUGAUACAAGUUUAUGUCUCAACAGAUGGACGAGAAUGUAUUCUAGGCACAUAUUAGAAAUGUAUGAUAGUAAUUUAGACAAUUUUGGGGAAGAAUGCACGGGAGUGACUGAGGAGUGUGUUACAAUGAGAAAAAAUUUGAGCAGACAAGAGAAAUAUCAAAUGUUUUUUGACAGAGCGAGAAAGAUGGCGCUGCUGUGCAGCCAAGUGUCAACACCGGUGUUUUAUAAAAGAUUGGAAUUUAUUCAAAAUAACCUCAAACUCUGGGCGAAAGAAAAAAAUUCUGAAACUGAUUUAGAAUUUGACGAAAGUGACGUACCAACUGUGCAAACUAGGAGGAAUAUCUGUUUUCAUAUCGGCCAACAUAGGAUAAAAAAGGAAAGGGUUUUUGAAGUGAUCGACGUCGACAAUGGAAAAAGGAAAAAGAGGCGUAAUUCCAAGGGCUCGGAUAAUUCAGGUGUAGUUUUAAGUAGUAAUAGAACUGUUAAAGAUUCUUGUGAUUUUGAAUAUGAAUUACAAUCGGACUAAAAAUUAAUUUAUUACA